GUUUUGUUUCUAUUUAGCCAACAGCGCGCGUGGUUUUGCUGAUGGAGCAAAAAAAGCUGACUCAGCGGUCAAACAACAACUCGGGGAUCGAGGAUGGGGGCGAGAUUGAGUUAGUUCACACCAGCGGCUGCUCUGUAAAUCUUCCACACACAAAAAAAAUUAAAGGUUUAUUUGAGCUGUUUGAGUAAUCAUAAAGCCCUCUUCUGCUCACAUAGUGCGAAUUGUCACGUUGAAGUGCAAAACAUUCUGGUUGGAGCGCGGCGCAGAGCGCAGCAGCAGCACACACAGCCUUAUGGCUCUUUUUAGGCGCUAAAUAUAUGGCACUUUAAAUCUGACACAUGAAUGGGCGACACGUGGAAAAGCUGCGAGAGACUUGUGCCAGAUAUAUUCCAGUGUCACAUGCACCUCUUUUUCCCUCCGUUUUUCCUGAGGGGCAAUGACUGCCUCCAUUAAUGAUUCACGGGCUCAAAUAAAAGGGAUUUAAGUUGACGUUGCGUCACGUGAGCUGAGCGCAUAAUACUGCGCGAUGUUAUGGCACUGGGAAGAAAACCGGAGCCCCGGUCUGGCCAUAUGAUGCUGAUUAGAUGCGGGUUACCCCCACUUUUCGCGAGGGGAGUACGGGCUUUGUAGUUUGUUUAUCGAGGAGAAGAAAAAAGAAAGAGCGACGCACUGAAAGAGAGGAUCCCGGUUGUGUGGAUAUAUUACACUGCUGUCACGGACGGAUAUGUUUUUCCACGCGGAGCUAGAGCCCAUGCUUUGGGAGGAUGGAUUUUAUUUUGAGGUAUUUCCGCCGAUUGUUCAUUACUGUCGUGAGUUAUGGCUAAGCGAGGCAGAGGUCAGAACAAAGAAGCCAAUCUUUUUUUCCCCUCUCUCUCUUCUUCUGCUUUUUGUGAGGUGAGAAAACAGACAGGUAACAAGAAAGACAAUGUCUGCAAAUAAGUCACAUUUAUACUGAAGCGGAAAAAACAAAACAAAACCAGAGCUCGAAAUAAAACAAACAUGUAAGAUUUAAAUUUUUGUCCGGAAUAUGCUUAAUAUCCUUAAUAUUUCAAUAUAUUAUCUGGGGAAAAAUGUCAUAUUUCUAUUUACCAGGUGUCCAUUUAAAUAGCAGCUAAAAACGAAAAACCAGAAACAGAGCGCGUUGUUGGUGCAAGACGCAAAACCAGCCGUCUUACGCACAGAAAACACAUUUCUUUUUCGGUUGUGGGCGUAAAAAUUAUAUGAGGAUAAGAGCCGUAAAAGUAGGGGGGAAAGACUUGUGUCGCUCCGCCAGGGAAACGAGGAUAUAAUGGAAGACGGAGUGUCAUCCAGGACUGCGUGGCCGUGCUGAGGUCACGGUGCUCCUGCUUGAUUUAUGGGCAUGGGGACUUGGGGAGGACGGUGCGCCAAAGCUAAUGACUAUUCGAUUCGUUUGUUUAAAAAUAAAAAUGCACUAUCCAACAAGCACCUUAUUUACAUCGGUCCUGAUUUAUUCUAUUUAUAUAAGAAAUUACACGAAGAGGCAUCUAAAUAUUUACUUCAGAAUUUCUUUGAGAACAUCAGAAUGGUUAUUUCGUCUUGUAUUUUGCUCUAACAUCAAGCUCGCACUUGAGUUGCCUUGUUAGAAAAUAUGAGAAUUUUUUAGGAAGCUACAAACAUAUUAGCAGUUGUAAAACGCUGUUAAUUCUACGUCUAAAUAAUAAAACAAAUACGACAAAAUAUUGACAUACAUUUUUUUUAACUUUGAUUAGAAUUAGUGUUUUGGCACCAUUUAAACAAAAAUCCUAAAAUAUACAGAACAUAAUAAUAAUAAUAAUAAGCGCAACUGUAGUUAUUUUUAUGUGUAAAGGCCACUCAUUUUUUAAAAUUGCAUCUAAAAAGGCUUUAAAAUAUUGCUGCUAUUUAUAAGAGAUUUGAAAUAUUUACUCCUCUCCUCCUUACAGAAUUCCAGCUAAGUAAAUUCGAGCCAUCUCACGCUCUCGCCUUCGGUUCACCCGAGGAGGCCAUUGGCGGAGAGGCGUCACGUGACCACGGGGUGCCAAUGUUAUUCUACAAGGGUGUCAAGACCCUGUCAGUUUCUGAAAUAAAUAUUGGGAAACGGCGAGAUGCAAAAGGCAACCUUCUACGACAGCUCUGCAAUUUACAGUGGCUACCCAUAUCAAAGCGCAAAUGGCUUCAGUUAUGAUGCCAAUCAGGUCCAAUAUCCCCGGGCCUCUCAUGUGGAAAGUGAGUACCAUCGACCUGCCUGCUCCCUGCAGUCUCCUGACGGCUCUGUGGCUCUGCAAAAGCCUGGGGAGAUGGCGGAGAGCUGCGACAGGAGCGCAGCCAUUCAGGCGGCGCAGUCCAAGGUCCAUCCCGAAAGCAAUCAACCGCAGGUGUCGGUGUCAGUCCCACCCCCUCCUCCACCUCCUCCACCUCCUCCUCCUCCGCCUCCGCCACAGUCGCCCGGUGUUAUCAACCAAAACAUAAGCAACCGGUCCAACCAGCCUAAUGCCAAGACCGGCUCCCCGACCUCAGCGGCUCGGGGCAAACAGAUUUUCCCCUGGAUGAAGGAAUCCCGUCAAAACACCAAGCAGAAACCCACCAGUACUUCAGUGGAGAGCUGUCCCGGAGACAAGAGCCCUCCGGGGUCAGCAGCAUCGAAGAGGGCCCGGACAGCUUACACCAGCGCGCAGCUCGUGGAGCUGGAGAAGGAGUUCCACUUUAACCGGUACCUCUGUCGACCCAGGAGGGUGGAGAUGGCUAACCUGCUCAACCUCACCGAGAGACAGAUCAAAAUUUGGUUCCAGAACCGCAGGAUGAAGUAUAAGAAGGAUCAGAAAGGCGUUGGAAUGAUGCCUUCCCCCGGUGGGCAGUCCCCACGGAGUCCCGGGGGUCCUGUUUCCGGUGGUGGCGGCAGUGGUGGAGGCGGGGGUAGCGGAGGAUAUCUCAGCUCUAUGCAUUCUCUUGUAAACAGUGUCCCUUAUGAAUCCCAGUCGCCCACGUCUUACAAUAAACCUCAUCAAAACGCAUAUGGAAUGGCCACGUCAUACCCCGCUCCUUUGAAUAACUGCGCGCCCUCCCAGAAGAGGUAUCCCGGCGCCGACUCGGCCACGCCCGAGUAUGACGCGCAUCCUCUCCAAGGCAACGGCAACUACGGGACGCACAUGCAGGGCAGCCCUGUUUAUGUCGGCGGAGGCUACAUCGACUCCAUGUCCAAUUCUGGCUCCUCCGUUUUCGGUCUGACCCACCUCCCGCACCCGCCGUCCGCAAACAUGGACUACAACGGAGCAAUCACAAUGGGCAACAGUCAGCAUCACGGAGUGUGUGAUCCGACACCGACGUACACAGACCUAACGCCGCACUACUCUCAGGGAAGAAUCCAGGAAGCGCCAAAACUGACGCAUCUGUAGCGACGGCGCAGCCUGGAGAUCACUCCGCCCCCAUUGUCUUACCCUCCUCCAGACACAUUUACCGUUUAUCUGCGCGUCCUCACGGCUUCCACUCUGUCUCUCUCUCUCUCUCUCUCUCUCUCUCUCUCUGCUUUUGUUUCUGAUUAAUUUGAUGUGUGAAGUAGUGUAGGACAAAUAAUCAACACUUGCUUGAAUUUUUGCUCGUGUCAUUGUUCUCACAAACACCUUUCUCUCUGCCCAAAAGGACGUAGAGCGGGGGGGCAGUAUAUGCAUAUUCAAUCUUUUUUUAAAAUCUUGUUUUAAAUCUCAAACAGGGUAUUAUGAACAUAUGCUAUUAUUUUUUAAUGUGAUUUUGUCCGUUUUUAAUUUAUCCGCAGGUGAAGAAUUGUUUUGCAUUUUGUUGCACUUGUGAAAGGAUCCUCAAAAAAAUUAGGAUUAUGAGUGAAAUACAUUUUUAAAAACAAGGGUCUCGAGCUUGUAAACAACCUUUCUUUUCUUGUGUUCUUGGACUUUUAAUGUUAUUUAUUAUAUUUUUUUUCUCGGUGUAAGAUAAGCAGUUCCUUUAGUAUUAUUUGACACCCCUGCAAUGUUUGCGUGGGGAGAAUGUUGGUAGAAAUUAGCGUAUCGGCCAUUUCCCGUUCAUAUACACACAUACACAGCACACAAUGUUACUGCUAUGAUUAUUUUUUUCUUUGUUUGAGGAGGUAUUUUAUUUUGAAAACGAAUGUAAAAUCAAUCAGUCAUGCAAUAAGGGUGAAAGAAAGGACAGUUUGUUUGCAGUUUCUUUAUUGAAAAAAAAAAAAUUACUUUUCCCAUACAUUCCAAGCUGCUCCAGAAAUAAAUAAAAAUAAUUAAAAUAUAAUUGCAGCAUAUUCUUCAGUUUUAAUGUCUACACACAGCAGAAACAUCACAAAUUAACAUAACUUUUUUUUUUUUAAAGAAACAAUAUAAAACACAUUUGGACAUUAAAAAAAUACAUUUUUAUUUUUAAUUGGCAACUUUAUUAACAAAUGGCUGUAAUGAGAAUUCAAAAACAUUUUUUUUCCAAAAACGGUUGCAAUCACAAACACGCUUCUUUUUUUUUUUUUUCUUUUUUUUUUAAUUCCAUUCCUUCUUCUUUAAUAGACGUAAAAUAAAUUCGGGCGUCCUUCUCCCUUCUUUAUCUGCGUGGGUACAUCCAUAAUAAUAAAAAUGUCACCUGGACCCUUCUGGAGUUUCUGCAAGAAAAACAACUCGCCAAAUGAGAAAUCACUUCAAAAAAUAAUUUCCUGAUAUGUGCAGUCAAGUUAAAAAAAAGCAACCAGAGAGGAUACACAGCGCUUAUUUAGCUCAUUAUUUAAAAAUUGUGAACAUUAAUAUAAAUCAACGACGUUUAUGAUCACGAUAAAUUGUGACUGAAAUAGAAAUGUAUACUUCUGUGUGCUUUUGUUGAAAUGAAAGGUUCGUGUUGGAAUUGUUCGAUUUAUUUUAACUGGCGCAUUUUUUUCCGGAAAAAUAGAGCUAAGGUGCUUCCACUCUUAUUUCAUUUUUGGCUUUUUUUAUGUGCAGCAAAUAAUCCAAAAUCUUUUCCACAUCAAAUUCACAUUGUUCUACACGUUCCUUAUGGUUAUUUUGGUGCUCAGUGUAUUUGCUCAAUUAUUUGAUCUCACUAAUUUUGCGCAACAUCAUUUUCAACCCUUGAUGAUUGAUAUCAGGGGCCACGAACAGUAGUGGCCCUGACAUAUGGUUAGCAGGGGAAAGCUAGAACAAUUGAACCAUGGUGUGUCAGAAAAAAAAAGUAUUUCUGCAUCCAACACACAUAAACGCGCACGCACACACAGGAAGAGGCUGAUGUGACCCAUAUGCGCCAUACACAGGUAACGCAUAAGUAAACGUUUUUUUGCUGAAACACACGAUGUGUAUUUUUUUCACUGCGUGUCCAUCCGUGGGAAAAUAGUCUUAAAUCAAUCCUUGUGCAAAGAGAAGUGUGUAGGAGAGGCUGAAGUCCACAUAAACGCUGCCACCCACUCCUGUCCUCGCGCACAAAGCCUGUGUGUAAUUCCAAAAUGCCCAUCCAUCUCUUCCCCCAGCAUCUCUGUCACACAGUCUGAAACGGAAAAACAAAGAAAAGAAAUACAACUGAGUAAAUCACAUUUUCCAAAAAAAUAAAAAAAUAUAAAAAAUAAAAAUAAAAAGAAAAUCCAGGCGGAGAAGCUGCUUCUCGCUAUACUCACCGGUGGUGCGUAAUCGGCCGCUCCAACAACGGAAACGGUCUGAUCGUGUACAUCUUGGGUUCUUAUUUAUCUUUUAAAACAUCCCUCCAGCGACAGCCGGACUAUAACCGCGAGCCCAAACUGGUUCUAAUCUGAGUGGCCAGUGUUUCUCAGCGCUUCCUGGCUGCAUUUGAUCCGGGGGAGAGUUAGAAGCCUUAAAUGUGUUGUGAGGGCACCGAGCUGUCAGACCUUUUGGCGAGUAAGAUUGAUCGCGCGCAGGCUUCCAGGCUUCUUUGUUUGGUAUAUAAGCAACAAAAACUGAGAGAUGCCUACCUACUUCUCUCCUUCCCUUCUUUUACUCACCAAGUCAUAUAUUAUUAUUGUCUUAAAACAAGUAAUGGAUGCAUUGACGGGAAACAUUCCAAAAGUGACUUGCACACAUUAUUCUGGGAGGAGUGUGAAACCAAACACAAAACGAAAUCUCCAUUUGUAUUUUUAGUAUUGCAAAUGAAUUCGUUGAAAAUGCUCCAAUAAUCUUGUUUUGUUUUUGCUUCAUUGCGAUUAAGUUCAAAUGCAUUUUUGAGACACAGAAGGCCUUUACGCACCAAUUACGCACAUAUGCAUCCGUUUUAAGAGAAGGCAUUGAUCGUGUUAUUAUUAUCGAAAAAUAAGCAAUUUCUCGAUGGAAUCAGCAGUGUGCUUGUGGAUAUAGAACGCGAGGUUCAUUUUUGGGGAGGGGGUGGGGUUAAAGGUAAAUAUAUGAUUUUAUUACUCCAAAAAGGAUUUGUUUGACCACAUAAACGCGCGGAUUUCUGUAUUAUUUCAUAUCUGUCAAUAUUAACUUGAUGAAUGAGCUUUUUAUUGCAUUGACUCUGAAGCUCACAUCUUAAAUCCGGCAUUACUGUGAUUUGUUAGACUUAGCAUCACAUUUUUUGGGGGGAGGGUGGGGUGGGAAGUGGGGGAGGUUAAAUCACUACCCUCCUCCCCCCACAUCCGAAGCCUGAAGUACUGGCAUGAAGCGUGCGCGCGUGCGUGCGUGCGCGGUGUGGGCGUUCUCCACCGACGUGUUAGAACAAUACGAGAAAGAGGAGCGCACGAAUCCGUGCACACCGCAGGCUGAGCUCCUUCCCCUGUAAUAGUGAGCGUCAGCCAUUCUAAAAAAAAAAAAAAAAAGAAGAAAAAAGUAAAAAAAUGUGACUUAGCAGAGCGGGACUGCA